CAAGGAAGGUGUACCCAUGAUGGAAGACGAUCAGAUCCAGGAACACUUAAGCAAACUGGACAUAUAUCAGCCCACAGGCCCUGAUGGGAUGCACACAUCAGUGCUGAGAAAGCUGGCAGCAUCAAAAGAUGACUCAGUAAUCUUAUGGCCACCAAGAGAAGUGCCAAAAGACUAUAAAAAAGCAAACGUCACUCUUAUCUUCAAGAAGAGCAAGAAGAAGAACACAGGGAGAUACAGCCUGGUCAGUCUCACCUCAAUCCCUAGGAAUGUCAUGGAGCAGCUAAUCCGGGAAACCAUUUUCAGGCUCAUGAACAACAAAAAAACCCUCAGGAAUAGUCACCAUGGAUUCAUCAAGGGCAAGUCAUGCUUAACCAACUCGAUAACCUUAUAUGAUGAAACAAUUGGACUGGUAGAUGAGGGGAGAGCCAUGGAUAUUGUCUACCGGGACUUCAGCAAGGCUUUUGAUACUGUCUCCCGGAAGAUCCUCACAAAGAAGCUGUUGAUGUAUGGGCUGCAUGAUCAGACAGGGAGGUGGAUUAAAAACCGGCUGAAUGGCCAGGCCCAGAGGGAGGUGAUCAGUGCUGCGAAGUCUAGCUGGAGGCCAGUGACUAGCUGUGUACCCCAGGGGUCAAUACUGGGUCCAGUCCCAUUUAACAUCUUCAUUAAUGAUCUGGAUGAUGGGGCAGAACUCAACGAAAAGAAGGACAAAGUCCUGCACCAGGGGAGGAACAACCCCAGGCACUAG